AUGGCACCACAGGUUACAAACUGGGAAGAGUUGACUUGGCUAUCCGAGGAAUUCCACCCGGAAACUGGCGAAUUCUGUCCAAUCCCCGACGAGGAUGUCUUCCCGGAAUGGCCGCGUUCUAAGGUGACUCUCACCCAGGCUCCAGAGGAACUCCCUGCCAACGUCUACAUCAAGCGACCGAGCCUGGAUUCAUAUGGCGUGUUCAAAGAAGACAAUGACCUGCAUCUCCUUCCCAAAGGGCUGAUGGAGGAGGCCCAAGCCAUGGAACCCUUUCUGGAGGCCCUCGAGUCGGCCAUCCAUCACCUGCACUCGCUCAAUUGGGCCCAUAACGACCUCAACCCCAGAAACAUCCUUGUCAACGAGGCGGGUAUGCCGGUUUUGAUCGACUUUGGCUCUUCCCAUGAGAUCGGCAAGAAGCUGACAACCAGCCGGGGGACCAAAGGAUGGAUCGACGGGGAUAUGAAGGACUAUACCACGUCGGAGAAGCGCUACGACACACCCGCUCUCGCCAAGAUUCGUGUGUGGCUUGACAAGCAAGUAUCUGACGAUUAGCUAGCUCUGCGUACUCUAGAAUGAUAUUGAAACUACUUGUUCAGAUCAAAUCAUGGUCUGGAGAUUGACCAUACCGGGUGGUUGAUGAGAAUGGGUGUGGUCUUGAGACAACAGCUCCUGGAUUUAUCUUGAUGAAGUCAACCGAACCAACAUGAGAAGGUGGAGGUGAUUGAGCAGAUGGAUGGGCAGGCAGAGAGGACAGUCGAAGAUCUAUCAACAUGUCAAGCUGGCAUCUGGGAUGUUUGUAUUUAUGUAAACGGCGAUGAUUCGGUUCUUUUAGACCUAACAGGGCAAAGAUAAAGCUGAAAGUUCUUCUGCGAUAUUCCCAUGACACAAAGUCAAUAUCGAGCUUGGUGCUAUGCGAGUUCUGUACAUGGGUUUUGAAGUGCUGCAAGUGUUCGAGAACAAGCGCGUUUCACCGCUAGAUGACGACAGUCUAACUUGGCCAGCGGAUCUUUUCCUUGAGAGUGAUUGCAUUUGGCGUGAGUAGCGCGGUGAAGUGCGUAGGAUCGGUUUGACGAAAUUGAGAAUCAAUAGAAG